UAUUGUUCCCCUUUUUUCCCAGACACAUCCUUCAGGUGGCCGGGCAGCUGGAGCAGAGUGAGCGGAUCCCGGACAACAACCCUGCAGCAGGCCUGGCCCGGGCCGUGGCUAAAGCCUGGGAGCUCUAUGGAUCAGAGAAAGCCGUCGUCAUGUUCUUGGUGGAAGAGGUCCAGAGGAACAUCUUGGAUCACCGAUAUGUUGAGAAAGAGCUGUGGAACAGAAACAUUCCCACAAUGAGAAGGCGGUUCGAUGAUGUUUCUAAAACAGGAUCCAUGGAUCAGGACAAGAGGCUAUUUGUUGAUGGCCAGGAGGUUGCUGUGGUGUACUUCAGGAAUGGAUACAUGCCUCAGAACUACAAUUCUGAAAAGGAUUGGGAUGCUCGUCUGAUGAUGGAGCGCUCUCUGGCUGUUAAGUGUCCCGACAUCAGCACUCACCUGGUCGGAACCAAGAAGGUCCAGCAGGUGCUCGCCACACCUGGAGUCCUGGAGAAGUUCUUCCCCCACCAGCCCCAGGUAGUGGAGCAGAUCAGAGCCACGUUCGCUGGGCUCUACACUCUGGACAUGGGACCCGAAGGUGACAAAACGGUUGCCAUGGCGCUGGCAGCACCAGACCGGUUUGUCCUGAAGCCUCAGAGAGAGGGAGGAGGUAACAACUUCUAUGGGUCAGAGAUGUGCGAGGUCCUGCAGGAAGUGAAGGACAGCACCGAGAGGACGGCUUAUAUCCUGAUGGAUAAGAUUCACCCCGCCCCCGUCCAGAACGUCCUGCUGAGACGAGACGCUCCUCUCCAGAUCAGCACCUGUCUCAGUGAGCUGGGAGUGUUCGGAACAUACGUCAGGUGUGUAAUCAAUACUGAUGACAUCACUGUGUAACACUCACUCUUAUAU